CGGUGGGAUGUGUGUGGCGUAGCGCGUUCCUCUGUUAUUUGUAACCCAGCAACUGUCCCAGUGAAUGACCAGUUGAACAAAUCCUAUUAAUGGCACCAUUAUUGAAUCGGAGGAACUCAGUGGAGAACACAGUCUGCUAUACUCCUGAAGUCAAAGUGACUGCCGUCCACUUUAGCGUAGGCUAUAUACCAAGAGAGUUGCCACGAUACAUGUUUCAUUCAGCAGUGGUUUUGUCAAAUAAUAGGUUAUAUAUUUUUCUUAAAGGACAUACGUCAAACUACAAACAUCGCCAAACUUGUUUAACGGGAUAGUUUCUCAUUAUGUAUUCCAGGUAUGGAUUGUGACACGCAGAAGUUCUCUCUGCGCAAGCGCGCAAGCAUGUCUCCUCCCUCUACCUGAGAGGAGCGCACCUGGAUCCAACGAGACGGAAGUUUUGUGAAGGCAGAACACAGAACAAAUCUUUUUGUCUCCGCGAAAGGUUUCUUUGAAAGUUCAAUCAGCACAUAGAGGAUCUCCAGUCGAAGCAGGAUGUCAUUGGUUGACAUUUUAAAGAAUAUUUUAAAGGGCUUUUCUAUCCUACGUCUGUAGUUCAGCGACUCAUGCUGCAUAUCAGUCCAAAGCCUGCCUGUUCUCCAUUCAAGAAGAAUGAUAGCUCUCCGCAGAGUGCUCCGAAGGCGACUACACCCAGUAAAACUGGUGAUAGUGGCCCUUGUCUUUGUCACAUUCUUGUUCUUCAUACAAUGGGAAGUUGGGAGUCAAAACCAGCAGGAGGACCCGUGGCUAAGGGAGAUGGCAGUGAAGCGGGAUGCUAUGAUGGGCAUGGUGAUUGGAGCUGUCAAUAACUUCAGGGAUGUGAUUCCAAAAAUGCAGAUCAGAGCCCCUGUUCGUAAGCCGGACAGCACAGACAGGGUGUCCUGUCUGCAGGGUCACUACACUGCCGCUGAGCUCAGGCCAGCUCUGGAGCGGCCACCUCAGAACCCUAUUGCUCCUGGAGCAGCUGGGAAACCUUUCCACACAGACUCACUGAGCCCUGAGGAGCAGAAAGAGAAGGAAAGGGGUGAUGAAAAACACUGCUUUAACCUAUAUGCCAGUGACCGCAUCUCCUUGAGCAGAGACCUGGGCGCAGACACGAGACCACCAGAAUGUAUUGAGCAAACCUUCAAGCGAUGCCCCCCCUUACCGACCACCAGUGUGAUAAUUGUGUUUCACAAUGAAGGUUGGAGCACCCUGCUAAGGACGGUAUACAGUGUCCUCCACACCUCCCCUACCAUUCUCCUCAAGGAGAUCAUCCUGGUGGACGACGCCAGUGUGGAUGAUGCGCUGAAGGACAAGCUGGAUGAGUAUUUAAAGCGGCUGAGCAUUGUUCGAGUUGUGCGCCAGCAAAAAAGGAAAGGUCUCAUCACUGCUCGGCUGCUGGGUGCCUCCGUGGCCACCGGUGACACUCUCACCUUUCUGGAUGCCCACUGUGAAUGCUUUAAUGGAUGGCUGGAACCCCUGCUGGCCAGGAUAGCAGAGAACUACACCGUAGUAGUGAGUCCUGAUAUAACCACCAUUGAUCUCAAUACUUUUGAGUUCAUGAAACCGUCCCCAUAUGGGCAGAAUCACAACCGGGGCAACUUUGACUGGUCCCUUUCAUUCGGCUGGGAGAGUCUACCUGAUCACGAGAGACAAAGGAGGAAGGAUGAAACGUACCCUAUCAAGACUCCCACAUUUGCUGGUGGGCUCUUCUCGAUCUCAAAAGAAUAUUUUUACCAUAUUGGAAGCUAUGAUGAAGAAAUGGAAAUCUGGGGCGGUGAGAAUAUUGAAAUGUCAUUUAGGGUGUGGCAGUGUGGUGGACAGCUGGAGAUCCUCCCUUGCUCCAUUGUCGGUCAUGUUUUCCGCACCAAGAGCCCCCACACUUUUCCCAAGGGCACACAAGUGAUUGCUCGUAACCAGGUUCGACUGGCGGAGGUCUGGAUGGACGACUACAAGGAGAUCUUUUACCGCCGUAACCAGCAAGCUGCGCAGAUGGCAAAGGAUAAGGCCUUUGGAGGGAUCUCCAAACGAGAGGACCUCCGUGCACGGUUGCAGUGCAAGAGCUUCUCGUGGUAUUUGAAGAACGUUUAUCCAGAAGUCUUCAUGCCUGAUCUCAGCCCACUCCGCUUUGGCUCGGUGAAAAAUGUCGGCAAAGACUCAUGUCUGGAUGUUGGAGAGAACAAUGAGGGUGGGAAACAGCUGAUCAUGUACCCAUGUCACGGACUAGGAGGAAACCAGUAUUUUGAGUUCUCCACACAUCGCGAGAUUAGACACAACAUUCAGAAGGAGCUGUGUUUGCACGGGGCCGAGGGGACUGUGAAACUGGAGGACUGCAAGUAUAGAGGCGGGAACACAUUAGUAGGAGCAGAGCAAAAAUGGGAUCUGAAGGAUAACCAGUUAUUCUACAUGCCGGGAUGGAACAUGUGUCUGAGUGCCCGUCAUGAGCAUCCGUCUCUGGCCCUCUGCAACCCCUCAGACAGAUACCAGCUCUGGUCCUUCUCCUGAGUGUGCAAACUACCACUUUACACAAUAGCCACUGUGUAUGCAUAGACAUACUAGGACAUGCGUAUACUAUACUGUAUGCAGUUUUUUUUAGAUUAAUGUCAUUGAGUUUUAAUUUAUUUUUAUACAUAGAAGAACUGAACUGCUGCUGCUGGGAAGUUUGUACCUUGGGAGAAACCACAGCGUGCCACUGCUGGAAGGAAGCAUUGAAAUGCUCCCAAUCAGAGAACUGAGAUUAUUGCAAGAAAGAAGAAGCACUGUGCUGACAAGUGCCUCUUUUGUGUUCGAGAUGUAUUCACGGCUCCAAGUCUUUGCAACGGACCCAUGCAAUGUUAGGUACAUAAAGCCAACACUGAACAUGUUCCAGUGAGACAACGAAAAUCAUACAAAAGAAGUACAGUAGAUGUCUAUUGUAAACUAGGGGUUUAAGUUGGACAAGCAAAAACCCCAUAAGUUGUGCACCAAAGAGACUAGAAGUGAAUACACAAGUAUGAUGUGCAUUGUCCCCUUUUUUUUUAAAUAACUUUUUUUUAAACUGCAAAAACUUUUAUUUGCUACCAACCAGUGCCUUAGAUGUAACUGUA